AUUUACUUUCCUCUAAUUCGCUGUCAUGCUCGUGCGUUUCCGCUGGGGAGGGAACUUCGAAUGAAGUUGAACUGCUGCACAGGCAGGAUUCCAGUACAGAUUAAUGGGCGGGAGAAGCAGAAAAUGGCGGAGUGCGCAAAUGAAGUGGAGCCGCUGUGUCCAGAGUCGCUGAAGUUAUACGAGGCUCAGUUCUUUGGCUUUACCCCACAGACUUGUAUGCUGAGAGUGUACAGCGCUUUCCAGGACUCCCUGUAUGACAUUUUGACCACCGUUGAAGCAGUUUUUGUUAAGAAGCUAGGCGGGGCAGAUCCACGGCCGGAGUUGUGUCAGCAAGCCAGAGAAUGCACCGAGAAGUUACUCAAAUUCCUGCAGGAACGCAUUCAGCGUCUCUCCAGUCGUAUGGAGACCCUGCUCGUGAACAACGUCCUGUCCAUUCCUCGUAACGUGCUUCUGCCCGCGGACCAACCACACAAGAAGUACCCCCAAGGCGUCGAACAGCUUCUAAAGUUGGAAACUGAGCUGGCAGAACUGCAGCAGUCCUACCAGGCUGAGGUGUGUGCCAAGCAGGCCUUGCUGGCAGAACUAGAGGAGCAGAGAGAGGUGCAGAAACAGCUUGACGGCUUGAUGAAGUGGAUCGGUGAGCUGCGCUUUACCUGGAUGCAGGGCGGCAUGGGUAGCCUCCAAGACAGCUUCGCCUUCAUGACGCAGACAGUCCAGAAUUUGCAGGACACAAUGAAAGAAAUUUCCAGAAAAAGCAAAGGACUAGAAGACAUGUGAUCUUUCAGGUUAAGUAACUUUGUGGGAAAUCGGUCUUUAUCCUUGUUGCAGUUUUGGGUGUGAAUAUGUGCAUUAUUCACAUGUAACCUUGGACGGUAAUGUCAGAGUUGGACAUAAUUCUCCAUUCCAGUAAUUGAAAUGUACAUAUGUAUAUACUUGUAUCAAUAGUUGUUGUUAUUCUGCAUCUAAAUAACUGAUAAGACAAGGACGUAGACUCCUGUUUUUACUGUUGGCAUUUAAUUUUCAGAAUCAACUGAGCAGAAAUCUGUAUUUGGAUAGAAAAACAUAAAAUAUAUCAGCCCAACUUGCAUUGAAAUAGGUUGUCAUUGUGGAAGAUAUAAUAAAAUUUCCUCCAGGUA